AUGCCUCUGCCCGGCGCUCGGUCAAGCGAUUUCCGCAACCUUGGUUACUCGCAAUGGACGCUCCGGCACGCCUUCUUCGCUGAUAUGGGUGGUAUGCUAUUGCAGCCUAAAGAUAGCACGCCGUUUCUCAUCAACAGCCGCCAACUGGCGUACUUGGUGCAGCAUAAGUACCUAGAAUACCCCAACAUAACCGCAGAAGAAAUCUGGGAUAAAUCCAAAGCACAUACACUCAGCAAAAUCCUCACGUUGAUACAAGCGAGCUGGCUCAUCUGUCAGCUCAUCGGUCGAGCGAUCACACACCUUGCCACGUCGACUCUAGAGCUAUCUGCCGGCGCCAUAGUCUUUUGCACGUUCGGGACGUUCAUCUGCUGGCUUCACAAACCAAGCGACGUCAAGAAGGGUAUUGUGCUCAACACGACGGCCACCACGGCGCAGAUCCUGACUGAAGCCGGGCACGCUGCCAUCGUGCCAUACCGACAUACACCCCUAGACUUCGUAGCGAAGGAGUCAUUUACCUGUGGUUAUGACGUGAUGGGAUUCUUCAAUCUCAGCUGCGACAACCGCGAGAGGCCGCUGCGGCGGUUUCCAGACGAUCGCUUCCCGAAUAUCAGUCCCUUUGAGAAGUUUGCCCUCUUCUGCGCGACGACGGCGUACGCCUCCCUCCACCUGAUUGGUUGGCGGUUCACAUUUCCAACACGAAUCGAAUCGUUACUAUGGCGCACGUCCAGCUUAGUUGUCACUGGCACAACGGUCCUGUUUUGGAUCGUCGAGACUAUCGCGGCUCGUCAACGCUUUGGCAGAUGGGACAAAUAUCUAAUAUGGCUCCGAUUGAAGAAGAGGCAGCGUUUGCCCCUGCCGGUGACCAACGAAGAGACCAGAGAAAUCCACCAAACUACUCUUACGUCAGCAGGGGAAGAAGCAGCACAAGUUACCACAAUUUCUAAAGAGGAUUCAAUCCAGCCAGGCGUGCGUCAAGUGACUAUCAGUUAUCUCAACGCUUUUGAAGAGGAGCAAAGGAAGGCGAAGCCGAUGCUAGCAUGGGAGGUUGGAAUGAUUUUUCCUGUCGUGAUCCUUUAUGCGAUUUCAAGAGGGUACAUGAUCAUUGAGGUCUUCUUGGGCUUGAGAGACUUGCCUCUCGAAGUGUAUCAGUCUUUUACCAUAGCCCAGAUAGUCCCCCACUGGUGA